AUCGUCGUCAUCUUCAUUGUUGUCAUCUUCUUCGUCGUCAUGUGACUGAAUUCAUGAAUAAUGAGCAGUGACAUCACAGCAGGAGGAGGAAUAUAAGAGCAGGAGGAGACGAGGAGCAGAGACAGAGACACGCAGAGACAGAGACAGACACAGAGACACACAGAGAGAGAGACGCAGACAGAGAAUUACGUAGCACAGCUUUAGUUCAGACGUCUUCACUGAAACUGCAGUUUAUUUUUGAAUAAAAAUGUUUAUGACGAUGGAAAAAGUUCGCACCAUGGUUUUUCUGUCCGUCUGUCUGUCUGUGAUGACAUCACUCUGUCAGGGUCAAAGGUCACCUUACAACAAUCAGCUGGACGAGACCAACCUCGGACUGACGACCAGAGAGCUGGUGGAGGCGCUGCAGGGUGUUCUUGGUGACUCUGACACACUCUCUCUCUCUGUGGAGAAAAAAGCGAGCGUCAUCCCGAGGUGUGACGUUGGUGAACGUUGUGCGAUGAAACAUGGACCUCGUAUCGGUCGACUGUGCGACUGUUUGAGAGGAACAGCCUGUAACACCUUCUUCCUGCGCUGCUAUUGAACACACACACACACA